ACGCACCAAUGUCAGUGUGUAAAGAACGCUUGUAAAUUUACGUUAUUGCAAAAGCAACCCUUCCAAACGACCAGCUGAUGAAUAUUAUUGUGAAAAUUAAAAUGGAAAAGGUAAGAAUGAAACGCGGAACAUAAAUUUUAUUUAAUUGCUGCAAUUGUUUUAUAUUUCAGGAUAAAAAGUUAAAGCAAAAGCGCCUACGGCUGAAACCGUCAGUAUCCGACGCAAUUAAAGAUAGUCCAGAAUCUUUUGAGGUAAGGGUUUAAGAAAAGUGAAAAUGUUUAGGUACAUAUAUUUGUUUUAACACGAAUUUACGCAUACCUUCCAGAAACCGACCUCUCAAAGGUUUUACGAAAAAUUGAAGCAAAAUACACCGGCACUUCAAUCUGUCCUUUGCGUAGCUAUGAAAAGCAAAAUGAGGUAUCUCAAAGCGGUGUACGUUACCGCGGCAGCCUGGAAAAACAAAACUGGGUCUGGACUACUCGCUAAUGGUGACGAGUCAAGCGUAUCAGCGCAUGUCAACAAAACUUUGACUUACUGGGAGUUAUCUUCGGACAACGCAAAAAUGUAAAUCCCGGAGUAAUUUUUGAAAGCACUGACAGCAUUGAUGUACUGACUGAUUCCCCUUGUGCUGAUAGUUCGUUAAACGAUACCAUCGAUUCCUACGACUUGUGUGCGCUCGAUUGUGAGGAAUUAGUUGACCCAAUAUUUCCUAUAAGUAGCGAUUGCAGUGCCGCCGCCGCGGGAACUUCUACACAACAAAGUUCGUUGGACUUUAGAAGUUCAACAAAAAAACCAAAAAGAAAAGGUGAAGCCCCGUUCAAUAAAUUGAUUUUUAUUCAGGAGAAAAGGUUGGAAUUAGAAGUUAAGAAAAUAGAUUUAGAAAAAGAAAAGAAUGAGGUCGAGUUGAAAAGAAUUGAACUGAAUAAUCAAUUAAAAAUGAAAAGAACUGAAACUGAAUCAGAAAAAGAAACCAAACUGGAAAUUGAAAAACUGAAACUUGCUAGUGAAGAACGCAUUAAAAUGUUUGAAAUAUAGUUAAAGUUAAAAUCAAAAUAAAUGUGAAACUUUAAGAGAUUUCACAUGGUACUUUUUUCGCAAAUUUAAAAGAUCUCAUUGCAAAAUACAUAUAUUUGAAUGUAACUAAAUGUUAAUAGGCACUAGGGUGUCCGUUACUUACCAAAUUGAUUAUUUUUGACGAAACGCCCCCUAAACUUUUAGUUUUCCAUCUAAAAAAAAAUAUCAGACCAUAAAAAGCCCUUAAUUUUCAUAAUAAACCUUGCCCCAAACACGAUACAUUUCCCAUUGAAAUUACAUGGGAUUUUGCAACUUUUUACGAAUAUUUUUUUUCUCUGGAACUUUCUCGUUUGUAGGAAUAAAAAAGUCAUAUUCUUGUACAGAAUUGAAUGCUCUACAAAAUAAGUCUGGACAAUUUUUCGAUAUACUCACUCCUUUUAAAGUUAUUCACGGUUAAAGUUAACUUCUGCUUAAUUUCUGGAAUUUUCGAACUUUUACGGCAAAUUGAAUUUUUUUUGUAAAAUUCAAUUGUUUAUUCUAAAAAAUAUAAUUUUUUGUUGGUCAUAAAUCCGGCUCUACUCUGAUUCUUAUCUAGAACAGAGUGAAAAAAAUGAUUUUCGAAAUUUCAUAAAACUCGGUUAAGGGGUUACAUGGCUUUACAGGUUUCAAAAAAUCGAAUCCGUUUUAUUGUCUUGUCUUAUUAAGUUCUACAAGAUAAGAUAAAAAAUAAGAAAAAUUUGCAAAUCAAAUCAAAUUUAAACCAUUUGAGUACAUUUGAUUUCCUUUAUUAAACAUUCCUUAGUUACAUUUGAAUAUUUUUUUUGAUGUGCCAAGCUAAAACGCAUCACCUGAUAAUUGUGCCUCUAGUUGUUUUUGUAUACUGCACAAUGUUCUGACCCAAACAAGAAAUGCCGAAACGAAAAUGAGUCACCUGAUCAUGGUCAUGCCAGAUAGGGCAGCGUGUACCUGCAUAAUGCUGAUGCCAAAUUGCACAGUAUAACUCAUAUAAAUUAAAUGAGCAUUGUAGAGCAUUCAAUUCCGUACAAGAAUAUGACUUUUUUAUUCCUACAAACGAGAAAGUUCCAGUGAAAAAAAGUAUUCGUAAAAAGUUGCAAAAUCUCAUGUAGUUUCAAUGGGAAAUGUAUCGUGUUUGGCGCAAGGUUUAUUAUGAAAAUUAAGGGCUUUUUAUGGUCUGAUAUUUUUUUUAGAUGGAAAACUAAAAGUUUAGGGGGCGUCUCGUCAAAAAUAAUCAAUUUGGUAAAUAACGGACACCCUAAUAGGCACAGAAGCACGUUUUAUUUUUCUUGUAAAUAAAAGCAUAUAUUAAUGGACUUUAAAGAUAUGUAAACAUGAGUUUCAAUACUUUAUUUUUAAGUUUCCAUUAGUGAUAACAAUGAAAGGCACUUAGAUGAACCUUCAACUGUUGGUAAGUUUUGAUCUCCAGGCUCAUCGGCUUCACUGUUUUCACUAAUGCUUUCUUCGUCAACAUCAAAACUACCGUCGUUUUAUUUUAAAAUAAUAUUGUGCAAUAUCGCACAAACUAAUAUCCACCGGCGGGAGGAUGGAGUCAUGUGUAGAAGUUCACGCAAGUGAAGAAAGUUCUCUGAUCGCCAUUCACUUGGGAGUGGCCAGAAACGAUUCUUUUACACAUGGCUCAAGCAGCUCACUACUUCCGGUCUUUGACCAAGUAUCCUCUGGGUAGUCUAAGAACAUCCUUUCGAAGGCGAGCUAAUCGCGCUUAUGAGAGCUGCCCCCGUCACGAUGUCAAAAUCGUGCUUGGCGACUUUAACGCCAGGUUGGGCAAAGAAGGUAUCUUUGGCACUACGGUCAGUAAAUUCAGCCUCCACGACGAAACUUUCCCAAAUGGGUUGAGGCUGAUUGAAAUAUGGUUAUCUGUAGUACUAGAUUCCAGCAUAAAAAAGAUUCAUCAAGCUACCUGGCUCCGGAUCGAAAAACUACCAACCAGAUCGAUCAUGUUAUGAUAGAAGGAAGACACGUCUCCAGUAUUUUAAAUGUGCGUGCGCUCCGAGGCCCUAACAUCGACUCGGACCACUAUCUUGUUGCAGCCAAGAUUCGCACCUGCCUCUGUGCAGCAAAAAACGCACGCCAACAAACACAAGGAAGGUUCGACGUCGAGAAGCUGCAAUCACAACAGACUGCCGAACGAUUUUCUACUCGGCUUGCACUCCUGCUCUCUGAGAGCACUCGUCAACAACUCGGUAUAAGGGAACUGUGGGACGGCAUUUCAAAUUCCUUACGUACAGCUGCAACCGAAACCAUUGGUUUUCGGAAAGUUCAAAAGAACAUCUGGUACGACGAGGAGUGCCGUGUCGCAGCGGAGAGAAAACAGACUGCUUACCCCGCAACGUUACGAUCGACCACAACACGAGCGGGAUGGGAUAGAUACCGAGAAUUGAAAAGGGAAGCGAGACGCAUUUGUACACAGAAAAAGAAAGAGGCUGAAAUGCGUGAGUACGAAGAGCUUGAUAAGCUGGCCGACAGGGGUAAUGCUCGAAAAUUCUACGAAAAAAUGCGGCGGCUUACACAAGGUUUAAAGACCAAAGCAUACUCUUGUAGAACACAAUCAAGUGAUCUAGUGACCGAUGCCCAGAGCAUACUUAAAUUAUGGAGGGAACACUUCUCCAGCCUGCUGAAUGGCAGAGAAUGCACAACACCAGGAGAAUUCCCAAUCGAUGACGAUGGAGCAGACGUUCCAUUGCCCGACCAUGAAGAAGUUCGAAUAGCAAUUGCCCGCCUGAAGAACAACAAAGCGGCAGGGGCCGACGGAUUGCCGGCCUAGCUAUUCAAACACGGCGGCGAAGAACUGAUAAAGAGCAUGCAUCAGCUUCUUUGUAAAAUAUGGUAGGACGAAAGCAUGCCCAACGAUUGGAAUUUAAGUGUGCUAUGCCCAAUCCAUAAAAAUGGAGACUCCACAAUCUGCGCCAACUACCGUGGGAUUAGCCUCCUCAACAUCGCAUAUAAGAUUCUAUCGAGCUUAUUGUGUGAAAGAUUAAAGCCCACCGUCAACAAACUGAUUGGACCUUAUCAGUGUGGCUUCAGACCUGGAAAAUCAACAACCGACCAGAUAUUCACCAUGCGCCAAAUCUUGAAAAGACCCUUGAAAGGAAAAUCGACAGACACCACCUCUUCGUCGAUUUCAAAGCUGCUUUCGACAGCACGAAAAGGAGCUGCUUCUAUGCCGCGGUGUCUGAAUUUGGUAUCCCCGCAAAACUAAUACGGCUGUGUAAACUGACGUUGAACAACACCAAAAGCUUCGUCAGGAUCGGGAAGGACCUCUCCGAGCCGUUCGAUACCAAACGAGGUUUCAGAUAAGGCGACUCCCUAUCGUGCGACUUCUUCAAUCUGCUGCUGGAGAAAAUAAUUCGAGCUGCAGAACUAAGCAGAGAAGGUACCAUAUGGAUAUCAUCGGCCUCAACACCCCCGCCGUUAGUACCGCUUCCUCCAGACUGGAAAAAGAAGCAACGCAAAUGGGUCUAGCAGUGAACGAGGGCAAGACGAAAUAUCUCCCGUCAUCAAACAAAUAGUCGUCGCACUCCCGACUUGGCUCUCACAUCACUGUUGACAGUCAUAACUUUGAAGUUGUAGAUAAUUUCGUCUAUCUUGGAAUCAGCGUAAACACCACCAACAAUGUCAGCCUGGAAAUCUAACGCAAGAUUGCUCUUGCCAAUAGGUGCUACUUCGGACUGAUUAGGCAAUUGUGAAGUAAUGUCCUCUCUCGACGAACAAAAGCCACACUCUAUAAGUCGCUCAUAAUUCUCGUCCUGCUAUAUGGUAGAGGCAUGGACGAUGUCAACAACUGAUGAGUCGACGUUGAGAGUUUUCGAGAGAAAAGUUCUGCGAAAGAUUUAUGGUCCUUUGCGCGUUGGCCACGGCGAAUAUCGCAUUCGAUGGAACGAUGAGCUGUACGAGAUAUACGACGACAUUGACAUAGUUCAGCGAAUUAAAAGACAGUGGCUACGCUGGCUAGGUCAUGUUGUCCGAAUGGACGAAAACACUCCAGCUCUGAAAGUAUUUGACGCUGUACCCGCCGGGGGCAGCAGAGGAAGAGGAAGACCUCCACUCCGUUGGAAUGACCAAUUGGAGAAGGACCUGGCUACGCUUGGAAUAUCCAAUUGGCGCCACGUAGCGAAAAGAAGAAACGACUGGCGCGCUGUUGUUAACUCGGCUAUAAUCGCGUAAGCGGUGUCUACGCCAAUUAAGAAGAAGAAUGUUUAGGUAAAUCUUUUACAUAUUUAAAAUGAGUUAUUAUAAAAUUAGAUCAUUGUACAUUCAUAUAUACAAAAAAAAUCAAGCACAAAAUUCAAGUGAGGUGACAUAUAUACUGUUCAAAUAUCAUUGAACAUGCUUAUUUAUAUGA